GGGUUGCGACGCGCUUGCUGCUUUGUCAGCUUCAUUUUUGGUGACGGUUGUUUGAAGUUUAUUGAGUUUAUUGAAGUUACUUGACAAAUGUUUAUGUAAUUUUUCUGGUCGCCGUUAUAAUUGUUACUUGGUUGGAUGGACCAAAGAUCUGUCUGAAAACUAUUUUAGAUAGUUGUUUCAAACAACUUGUUUGUAGCUUUGUCGAAUCAAAAUAACGUUUUGCCACGAAACAAUAUACCGAUGCCUCCAAAGCGUAAACCCUCCAACUCGAUGGAUGGUGCCCUGUCGCCAAGUGCCAUUUUGAAUGAAGUUGGUGGUCCUUCACAUUCACAGAUGGUGGUGGACCCUUCAGCAUCCACGUUCACACAUGGAGAACUUGUCUUGUGCGAAUAUUACGGACAAAGAUACCCAGCCAAGAUUUUGGAGGUGGCAACCAAACAUGAGAUUGAUGUUAUCAACGCUUCGAGACCAUCCAGAGUGUGCCGUGGUUCAGAGCAUUCGGUCGCAGAAGGAAAUAGUGGUUUAGAAGAAAACCAAGUAUUAUUCUUCGUGCAUUAUAUUAGAUGGAGCCACAAGUGGAAUGAGUGGGUUCCUGAGGACCGUUUAUGCAAAUUUGAACGGAAACCAGAAUUAAAAGUAGCAAUCAUCAACAAAAUUGCACUAAAGCUGAAGAGAAGAACACAAAUUUCUCACCUAAAAAAUUCUGUGAAGACACAUGGAUUAAAACUGAAGCCAAAAAUUAUUGUCAAACAAGAACCACAAAGCCCAAAAACUUCAAUUGCAGAUGAUGUUGCACAAAUUAUUGUCAAACAAGAACCACAAAGUCCAAAAACUUCAAUCGCAGAUGAUGCUGCACAAAAUGUUGUCAAACGUAAAGGGAAGAAACGUUUGCACGCUAUUGUUAAAGUAGAAGAAGAAUCACCUCUCAAAAAAUGUGUUACUGAACAAGAAGUUACUAGUACUUCACAAUGUUUGGGUAAUAGUAAUCCCCCAACUUUAACGACCGAUAACAUUGCUUCCGCUACUGGAAGUUUCAAGACUCACCAAUCAUCUCCUGCCGCAUCGACAUCUCAAAAUACUCAAGAAAAUAAGUCAAGUCCACAAGUACUAAUUAAGGAAACAGAGACACUUGUAAAAGAAGAACCCGUUUCAUUUUCGGUCUCAGAGUCUUUUGAGGAACCUGAGGACCUGCACCUGACUGAAAAUUUGAUAAAUGUGUUAUUACGGGACAAAAGUAGAAUUCAGCACAAAAAUAUGUUGAUAGCCGACUCGUGCGUGUCAGUGAAUGAUGUGCUUGUGGAAUACGUCGCCUCGGUUGAACAAACUGGGGACAUCUUUGCAAUAUCUAGAACCCAAUCCUUCAUCAGUGGUUUACGAAUGCAGAUCAACGAUCAUGUAUCGAGUAACCUGUUGUACGAACAAGAAAUACCAGUGGUUGAGAAGAAACUGGAGCAAGGUCUUCCAGAGGAUCUUGGUGCAAUUUACCUGCUUCGUCUGUUGACUAUAUUUGUUAAGCUACUCAAACUCGACGGAUUGAAGCACAAAGGUCCUGAGGUUUGGACAGAAUUGAUAAACGAGAAGGUUCAAUUGAUUAGAUUCUUAGAGUCACGUUCAGCCCUUUACUUCCCAUCUUCAACGUAUACUAAAUGUGCCGUCGUUGAGAAGCCUCAGUUUUAAUUUUUUUACCGAAUGAAACAACUUGAAAUUUCCAUUUUUACAUUUUUUGUCUUUAUAGACUUAUUUUUUACGGUCUUUGUGUAGAAACAUUUGAUGAACUAAAUACCAGUAACUGAAACGAUCGCAGACAAAGAUACAUAAGCAUCAAAAAUAUGUAUCUCAUAAGCAUGCAUAUUUUAUUUAUAAUUUAAAUUUGUUGAAAUAUCAGUAUUUAAAUGCAGGUAUUAUUUAUCUGGGCAAACUGUUUCUUAUUAGUAGCGGUAGUGUAGUAGUAAUGAAGACAUGUACUAUAACUUCAUUUUUCUUGGGUGAUGUUCCUACCUUAAAGAAAUUGAAUGUAUUGAUAUUGAUACAUAGAAUGUUCAUUCAUUCUUUUGUUAUUUGUAUUGAAACAGUAAUUAAAUAUGCAUACGAAAUGAAAGCG